UGGCGGUGCAAGUAUUGUAAUACGCAGAAAGCAGGAGGUGGUGCGACUAGAUUGAAACAACAUUUGGCUCACCGCGGGGCGGAGGUGGUCCAUUGCAGGAAUGUGCCGCCAGAUGUGCGGGAGUAUUUUCAGCGUGACAUUGAGAAGGCUAGGAAGGCAACUGCUGAACGGGCUCGAGAGAGGUUGAGACGGGAGAAGGCUGCAGCGGAGGGAAACUAUCCCGGUGAAGAAGAAGAUGAGGAGACUCAGCUGCAGCGUGCCUUGGACCAAUCGAGAGCGGAAGCAGUGUACCGACGGGGGGUGGAACAGAGAGGAGGUGUAUACGAGCAUGGAGGGGAUAGUGGUUCGACGAGGGGGAAUCCUUUGCAGAGGAUGUUGCGUAGGGCAACUUCGCAGAGGGAGAGUCCUGCGGUGGAGGAUUAUAACGUGGCAUCCGGUGGGAGAAGAGGAAUGACCCAACAAAGAAUUGAUACAGGCUCCUGGACGCAGAAGGGUAGAAAUGCAAAGGAAGCUAUUGGUAAAGCUUGGUCAAAGUUUUUCCAUUUUGCGGGAGUACCUGGAAGACAGGCUGACAAUCCUUACUUUGUCAGCGCGGUCAGGGAGACACAGAAGUGGGGUGAAGGUAUCGCAUCACCAACUGGACGGGAUAUUGAUGGCAAGUACCUUGAUCAGAACGAGCAAGACUUGAAGACGAGGUACGUAAAGUUUCGGAAAGACUGGCCCUUAUUUGGCGUCACGUUGAUGUGUGAUUCAUGGACUGGGCCGACGAGGAUGAGUGUCAUCAACUUUUUGAUAUACUGCAAUGGAGUCAUGUGGUUCCACAAGUCUAUUGAUGCGAGUGGAAGAACUCAAGAUAGCACAUAUUUGCUUAGGGUAGGCCCUAAACAUGUCCCAUUCACUUUGAGUAUAUUUUGA